AUGACGACGCCGCAAAAGAAAUUAAUAGGUAGAACAAUAUCUGCUGAGGGUAUAGUAGAUGAUCACCAGCGAGUGCUGAAAUUGGAAAGAGCGAGACAGCGUAUGGCAGGAUUGCAGCUCGCUUUAGAAGCACACUCCAGUGAUGUUAAAGAACGUAUAAUAAAGCGUAAAGCAGAGCACGCGAAGUCACUCAACGAGGAGAAGGAAAAUCAAAGUCGGAUAAAGGAGAAUAUCGAAAAUUUAAAGAAGGAAGAGUUCGAAGUUGUGAAGGAUAUUGAACGUGAAAGACAGGAAGUACAGGAGAUGAAGGACCAGAUCAGCAAUUAUAUGAGAGAAAUGCGUUCACAUUCUACCAACCGGGAUGGUAUGAUUGCUGAGAUUGAGGAGUAUAGGGAGAGAAUCAACAAGCAUAAAGCUAUGAUAGAAGCCGAGAAGAAGACCUUAGACGGUCAAGCUGCAAGAAACGCGCCUGAAUUGGCCUUCUUUGAGCAGAAGUUAGGCUUAAAGCUUAGAAGCGAUAAGCCUGACUUUAUUAUACUAAAUUUCUCACAAAUAGACGAUCGUGAACCAGACCGUCAAUUCACAUUGGAACUUGACUUGAGUGAAGCGGAUUAUAGGGUCGAGUCAUGUUCGCCGCGUCCAGAGGAGCUAGACAAAUUCGUUAGAGAUCUCAACAAUUCACGUGGCUUCUACACAUUCAUAAAACGUCUCAGAAGUGCGUUCAGGGGGGUCGUUGCGAAGGAAAAGUCAAGUUCAAGUUAGAUUAAUUGGUAUUUUCAAAUUAAGAUAACUAGAUUGUAUAAUUAAAAAGCUUGUUGUAUCUGUUACUUUUCUUCUUAUAAAUAAUAUAUGUGCAAUGAAAAUCCAACAAAAAGUGAAAAUUGAGUGAUAAAACAAUACAGAAGGUUUAAGUGAUGCAAUCUAGAAUCUUUGCUUGAGUCUUGCGCCGACGACUUUAAGGUGGUUGUAAACUUUUCCUGGGGGACUACCUAAGAUAAGACUACAUAUGGAAUCUUUACAGAGUUUGCAGUUAUUGAAUGCACCUAUAGAGAAUUAGACAACACAUCUAACAACUUCUAUACCACCCACCAAGGAUAUGAAUGUGUGUAUCAGCCAAAACGAUUCUCGUACGUGUUGCGUUUUCGAGAGCAAACUUAGUUUUACCGUUCUGACCAGCAAUUCUACCAAUAGCACGUGAAAGAUGAUCACCGUGGAGAGUUUUAACAUCUUUGAUCUCAAAGCUAUCAAUGUAAAGAUCAUCAAGUCUCAUGAGCGCUAUAGCGUCUUCUACUGCGAAACCGAGGGCAUAAGCUUUGACGAAAUCGGCACCUUUUUGAAGGUGACCAGCGUCUUUUGUGUGCUUAGAAGAACGCAAUUCAACAGCUCUCUUCUGUGGGUUCAUCCUGACCUGUAAUUUCAACAUUUCUACGAGUGGACCAUAUAUGUUGACCCAGUCUUUUUUCAAUGGGGACAUU